UGAACAUUGACGGUGUUUGCUGAUUUACUUGACCAUGUACAAUUUUUUUACCGGUCUGUGAUUUUUACGGCCAGAGCUUUCUCUCUUUUGAUUUUCGUGAUUAUAUUGGAAUUUCUUUAAGUCUUUUCUUUUUGUUGCUUUUUUGACUUUGUUCAUUGUGUGCUGUGAAAAAUGUCGCUGCAAUGGGAAGUUGUUGGGAAGUCCAAGAAAAAUCAGGGAAAGUCCAAAAAUAUCCCUGGAAAUGAUCUCAAUGGUGAGACGACGACGACUAAAACUCCCAUUGUGCGGAAGAUUGAUGAAAGUGGCAAGAAGGGGAAUCGGAAGGAUAACAAGGAGAACCGAAAGGCCCCGCAGGAGUCAGCGAAGAAGCCCAAAAGUGAGGCAAAAGUAGCGGCAAAUCCGGAGAAAGGGAAGAAACCCGUUAAGAAGAAAUUUAAGAAUUUGGAAGCUGCCCUCCAGGAGCUCUCAGUGGAUGACCUCAAGUCCCACGUGGAGGUCUUUAAGGCCAACUUCAAGAAUAGCAACAUUGCGUGGCUCAAAGCAAUACUCUCAUACCUCAAUGAGGCUCUUAUUGUUGACGUGGACGCUGUUUUCCUGUGCAAACCCAUCCUGUAUCCCGCCAGUGCCCUCCCAGCCACCCUCAAGAAGCUCAUUCACGAUGAAUUGGAUGCUGCGGGUGCUUCGAAUGUUCAAUACUUCUUCGAUCAAUGCCUCACGUCGCUUGCGGUGGAUCUCAACAAGAACCUCCCAGUGGUUGGGACGCGUAUUAUGCUCCAGCUGAUUGCCCUUCGCUUCCCCAUUGUGUGUCAGAGCAAUUUUGCCAAGAAUGCCGUUCUGCACAAUUCCUACCUCAAUCAGAGCUCAAUCGGAUUGAGUUUGCUCUGGGCUCUGGGGCAGGGUGGCUACCAGGAUUGUCAGGUUGGCAUAAAUGUCUGGCAAAACAUGAUGGUGCCUGUGAUUGAGAUGAAGCACUACUGCAAGUAUGCAGUGGAGUACAUUUUCUACAUUCUACAGAAAGCUCCGUCAAAUACCUCCCUCAAAUUGACCCUCCAGGAGUAUCUAAACCUCAUGGAUACCCUCAUGCAGACGCGGAACAAUAUUCCCCACAACAUACGGAAUCUUCUACCAGAGAGUGCCUUCAUGAUCUCUAAACUCUACAUUGAGAGCACGAAGAAUGUGUCAAAUAUCUUUUUGACCCUCUUCAAGAAUCUCUCAACUGACUCCCCCAAUGUCUACCUCUUUACCCUCGUCCAGUGCCUCAAGACUGAGCCAAAUUGCGUCAAAUUGUGGGAGUUGAAUUACAAAAAACUCCAUCAACAGCAUCAAAUCCUUCUCAACUAUAUUCGCGACUCUAAACACGGGACCAGUUUGAAAGGGAAUAAACCCAUAAAUGACUUCCUGCGGACAAUUGAUCCGAAUUUAGUGAGAGAAGAGGUGAAUCACGUAAAGAAUCGGCAUCAAGGAGAAUUGAAGGCUAAGCAACAGAAUACUCAAGAAAAAACAACGAGCAAACGGGCGGAAAAAUCCAGCAAAUCCUCAUCAAUCUGCCCGUGGAUUUUGGGUGUUUUCGUACUUCUAGGGGCGAUAGGUGGGAUCAUUGCGUACGAUGUUCACGUUCACGGCGGUCAGUUUGAAGCUUCCUCAACGGGGAAAUUCCUCAAAGACACAGGAGCACUACCCUAUGUGGAAACAGUGUGGUUCACAAGUCUCUCCUACACUGCACGUGGCUACCAAUGGGCUGAGGUGAACGUUCCCAUUUUCUACGGGAAAGCCCGCACAGCAUUGACGCCGUACUGUGAAUUUGGCUGCGAAUUGGCCACAGUUGUGUGGAAUAAGGUGAAGCAGGGCUUCAGCAGUGGGUGCUCCUUUGUGCAGGAAAAAUCCCCAGUUGUGGGGAAUUUUGUCGAUCAAUACAUUCCGGGGCUGUCGCAGCGUGUUGGGGAUGCUACACGUGCCACAUGGGGCACCAUUUCACGACUCUCCGUUGAUUAUUACCAUUUUGGGUGUGAAUUCUUCAGAACAAAGGUCUUUGUGGGUUCCCUAUCACCGGAAAACCUCAGCAAAGCCUUCAAUGAGACCCAAGUGGUUGCUGCCCGUUACUACAGUUGGUUCCACGAUAAAGUCGAUGCUUAUGCCAAGAUUAAGUGAAAUGGAUGCGAACUAACUCACACACCGUGUCCCCUCUAGCGUGUGAUCAUCUUCAGGAACAUUCGCGCAACAUCAUCAAACAACAAAAUUUAUUAUAAAACAACAUCAAAAAAUUCCAUUGAUGGAUUUUUUUUCAUCUUUUCCACGGAGGAUUUUCACCAAAAAGAAAAAGAGAGAAAAAAUAUCCUUCCGGACAUUCCAAUUUUGGACAAGAAAUUUCUUUUCUUUUUUUUUUACAAAUCAACAAACAAGGAAAUCUAGGAAAAAAGUUCUAGAAUCAAAUUUAUAUAAAAAAAAAAGUAGCAAAAAAUGCCCUCUAAACUAAUUUUCUUUUGUACCAACAUUUAAAAAUUAAUUUCUUUUUGUACACUCUGUAGAAAUUUUCUUUCAUUUUCAUAGUUUUUUUUUUGAUUACUGAUCCAUUCAGCGGUGUGGGGUCCUUUUCUCACGUUGGAAAAGGAGGUGCAAACCCCAACAGCCGCAUCGGAUGGCAUUUGCGUGUGAUUGAUGAGAGAAAGUGAGAAUUUUUUGGUAAAUGAUUGUGAGACAUAGAGCCAUAAAGUAGAUGUAUAAUUUUUUUGUUUCUUUUUGGGGGAAGAUGUAGUUUUUGUGUCUAAAUGAGAGAGAAUAAAGUCAACUUACUUUCAUUCCGAAAAA